AUGGUUACCCUUGAAUACAAUACAAACAGCAAACAGAUUACUGCAAGCGACGCUGUUGUGGCACAAUCUACCGAAACUAACAUCGAUCAAAUAAAUGUUCUCACUACGUCAUUGAUAGGAGAAACCAACCCGAAUUUUACGCCACAACCAAAUGAAGCCCUAAGUAAAAUGAUCAAAGGUUUAUUUGAAAGUGGUAUGAAGAACCUGCAACAGAAAAAAUUAAAUGAGGCAUUGAAAAAUGUUUCUUUAGCAAUCGAGAUGGCACAAAGGAAAAGAGCGCCCUGGGAAGCUUUUGCUAUUCAGCUACCAGAGUUACAUUUUAUGCUUCGUAGCAAAAUAGAUUUAUGUUUGAUACUCGGAAAGCAUUUAGAGGCAUUGCAAGACUUGGAUUUCUUACUUGGUACGGGACUUAUCCAACCAGACGUAUUUGUGAGGAAGGCAGACUGUUUGUUAAAAUUGAAGCAGUGGGAAGAGGCUAGAGCAACAUGCGAGAGAGGUUUAGCCUUAGCCCCUGAAGAUAUGAAACUUAGAGCUCUUUUAAUAGAAACUGCAAGGAAUUUGGCCGAGUAUAACGGUGAAUAA